CGGAGUGGGGGCGGGGGCUCCCCAGCCCUCGGAGAAGCGGGGCGCGGGCGGCCGAGGCGAGCCCUGAACCCCGGCUCCCGGCGCGGGCGAAGGCAGAGCGGGGCGGGCGCUGAGGGCGGCCUCCAGGCUCUGGGGGGCCCGCCCGGGAGGAGCUGGGGAGGAGGCCGGAGCUACAUGGAGUUUCUAGGGCGCGCAACUCCGGCGGGGCCUCGGCCACUGGGCUCCGGGGCGCAGCGAGGCAGCCGCGCACAUGGGCUGAGCCCGCGCGCCGGGGCUCUGCACGGCCAGCGGGAGCGAGAGGGGUAGAAGAGCGCGCCGUGCCGGGGUGCGGGGCAAGCGUCCCCAGACGGGAGCCGAGGACAAGGACAGGGAAGCACGCGCCCAGAUCGCGCUCGGAGCCGACGAGGGGCUCGCGCCGGCCCGGCGCGCGCUUGGGGAGCGGCCCGGGGCGCCGUGGGAGCCGGCGGCAGCGAGGAUGCCGGCGCGGGGACGCGGCUGCUGGCUGGGGGUGUGAGCGUGCGGCCAAGCGCUGCCCGCCGGCGCCCGCAUCAGCGUCGCCCCCUCCCUGCGGGCCUCUGAGGAAGCCCCCCGCGCCGCGCAGAGGAGCCUCGGAACCCGGGCUUGGGGGCUGUGGGCCCGUGCGGCCGGCCCCGGCCCAGCGAGAGGGAGAAGAUGCCUUUCCACCAUGUGACAGCUGGCCUGUUGUACAAGGGGAAUUACCUCAACCGAUCCCUGUCUGCAGGCAGCGACAGUGAGCAGCUCGCUAAUAUCUCUGUGGAGGAGCUCGAUGAAAUCCGAGAGGCCUUCCGGGUUCUGGACCGAGACGGGAAUGGCUUCAUCUCCAAGCAGGAGCUGGGGAUGGCCAUGCGCUCCCUGGGGUACAUGCCGAGCGAGGUGGAACUGGCCAUCAUCAUGCAGCGCCUGGACAUGGACGGGGAUGGCCAGGUGGACUUUGAUGAAUUCAUGACAAUUCUUGGCCCCAAACUGGUGUCUUCAGAAGGUCGUGAUGGUUUUCUUGGAAACACAAUAGAUAGCAUAUUCUGGCAGUUCGACAUGCAGAGGAUCACUCUGGAGGAGCUGAAGCACAUCCUCUAUCACGCCUUCCGGGACCACCUGACGAUGAAGGACAUUGAGAAUAUCAUCAUCAAUGAGGAGGAAAGCCUGAACGAUACCUCAGGGAACUGCCAGACAGAGUUUGAAGGAGUGCAUUCCCAGAAACAGAAUCGACAGACCUGCGUCCGGAAGAGCCUCAUCUGCGCCUUCGCCAUGGCCUUCAUCAUAAGCGUCAUGCUGAUCGCGGCCAACCAGAUCCUGCGGAGCGGCAUGGAGUAGCAUAGCAGGCUGCCGCCACCACGCCGCUGCGUUCCCAGCUCACUGCGCAUGCGCAUGCCCUGCAGGCAGACUGAUCCUCCUCCAAAAGCAGAUGCGGAUGAUGCAGACGUGGCACAGGUCACCGGAGAGCCCCAGGUUGCAGUGCAACCGGUGUUGCAAAUCCACUUCAUCUCCUUGGCAGGGACACAAAAGGGCUGUCUUCAAUGCUUUAACGGUUUUGUUUCCUAAUGCAAUAAAUAGCCCUGCAGAAACUCUGAAGAGAAACUUCCUUUUCAUCUCCGAGUCCCAGUGGCCCAGAGAGCAAGAGGCGUGAACACGCAGUCACCUCCUCGCACCAUUCUUUCAACCCAGGGGGCAACUAGAGACCCCCGAGGGCAACGUUCAGUCCCAAGGGGCUGACUUGCGGGUUGUUACAGAAGAGGGGGCUCUCCAUCUGGGCCUGGCUUCCUUCCUCUACCCAGUGGAACCCCCCCCCCAGGCAUGAGGGGAAAGCCAUCGGAUGGGGUGCAGCACCUGGCGGCCUGCAGCUGCCCCCCUUCGCUUCCGUUCUUACUGCCUUUUCUACAGGACUCUUGUUGGCAGAGUUGGGGAGCUCUCGGUUUCCAUCUGCACUUGGCUUUCUGUUCCUCGAGCCCAUCGCGCACCAGCAUCUUGGAAUCUGCAGAGAGCCUUCCUCCCAGCUUUGCUGCCUGUGCUGCCAUUAGAGAAAAAGUAUAAUCAUGGGCAUCUCUAUACCAUAGACAUGUAGACAGACCUCUUCAUGUGUGACAUCAUUCUUCCCUAAUUGCUUACUCCUGAUAUAAGCUUGUCCUCUGACAUGGGUCCCUGCCUCUUUUGGGUGGGAGAGGUAGUUUGGGAGAUGGGGAACGAGACCGGUGGGGAGGUGUUGCAGCCCACACCCCUGUCGUCCACACUCAUGGAGCCCAAACACGUCUCCUCCACGCCAGAAGUUAAGGUCCUCUGCGUCUUACCUUUUUCUCAUCUUACAGUUUGCUUUGUAAGUUAGUCUUCCACAGAUAAAAAGAGAAAUACAGUCCAGAGUGGAAAGAUGGAAAGAUCAAACAACUGUGUUUUACAUAACAUCUUCUGGCAUUCAAAUCCUGCAACUGACUCAUGUCCAUGAGAAAAAAAACAGAAAGAUAUUAAUAAGCCUAAGCUUAGCCAAUACGACAGGUAAUUUAUGUCUGUCUGCAGAAUACUUCUGUUGGGGAAGGGAACUGAAUCCAGCAGUCUGUUUUUAACACCAUUUCAAGUCUGUAAUUUCCUGACAUUUCCUAGAUGUCACAUUAGCCACCACAGUUAAUUCAAACUUACAUAGUCUGAUUAGCCAGUAAUCUUUCGAUCUAAUAUUUCCCUUUGUACUUUUCCAAGCUCAGGUCUUUAUUUCUGUAAUGGAAUUGUCUUGCUCCUCUUUCCCUCCAUUGCGUCCGAAAGCUACAUGCUUUCCCCCUCUCCUUUUCCCUCUUUGUUCCAGUAUUGAGGCGCCAGAAUCUUUCCUUUCUCAUUGCAGCUGGGUAAGAUUUUUUGAUGUGGUGUGUGUUUCUGAACCCCUCGAGCCUCCCCUUCCUCUCAGCUUUCUCCCUGCUGCCUUCUCAGACUUGGAGCUUCCAAAGUCUCAGUUUAGGGUCUUCUUCCAAUUCACCGCUGUAAGCACUUCAGGCAAUAGCCUGGGGGUAACUACAGGAAUUUCCCCACUGUGAGAGACAGUGCAAAUAUUCAUGAUGAGCACAAGAAAAACCAGGGUUUGAGCCAUAGUAAGAGGAGGAAGCAGGUGUACGAUUCUGAGAGCCCAGGGGUUUGAGAGGCCCUCUGUGAAAAUGCUUGGGGUCCCGCAUGUCCCCGCCACGGAAGGCAGCAGCCUGUCUGCCCUCUGCCUGCCCUGCCCUGCCACAGCAUAUCCUGCACCUCUGCCUCUCCUCUCUCCUCUUGCCUGAGAUGCCACAAUCCUCAGGAUGGGAAUCCUGAACAAGAACAUGUCCAAACACAGAAUACUAAUAGGACAACUUCAUCCUUAUCUCCUGCCCAAAGCAGCUGGCCCUCCCUCUUUCAACUGCACUUGGUGGGGAGACCCUCUGAACCACUAGACCAUGUCCUACUUGGGGGUGGGGUGGUACAGGAUCCUAAGGAGACUGGAUAGAGACCCCAGGGAUGAUUCUUAAAGGACUUUGCCUCAUGCGAGGGGAUUGCAAUGCUGUAGGUGUGGCUGGACUUGAGGGCUAAAAAUGAGUACUUUUUCAAAGGCCGCUUUUCUGCAAGUCCUUCUGCCUCCCCCUGGAGAACAGGGACCCUGAAGGAUAUGAAGGUUAGCCUUCGUUGAAAGAGAGGUUAGCCACCAUGCAGAGCUGCACAUGAAAAGGAAUCUGGAGAGGCACCCUACACCGUCCUCAGCACCCUCUCCCUAAAGAGGCCUCCUCUCUCUCACAGUGGCCCAGUGACCAGGAAGCCAGUCAUCCUACCCAGGAGAAAAUCCAGGAGCAUGCAUCCCCUGUGUGGGUUGCUAGGGACAGAGGGCACCAAGGAAGCCACAGAACUCGCUUUGAUGGGCUAGAAGUUCACCUCCUCCAUGGUCACCUCACACUUGGCUCCAUGGCCUGCAGCUAGGUGGAGACAACCCAGAGCGGUGGCAUUCUUGACACUUUGGGAGCUAAGAGUCACCUGGUGACUUACUCCCUGGUUGCUUUGCCUGGACGUCUGUCAAAGGAGUUGGGCUUCUUUGUCAGGCUGCUCAAAUGCUGGCUUCCCAUAGCUCCGCCCCAGUCCUGUCCCCUCCAGGGCCUCACGCACAUCAGCACCUUCACCACACACGUUCUGAUGCACAUGGAUAAAGACCCCAGAAGUCCAGUCCCCUGUGAGCAAGGUGUGCCCUGUGGCCCCAGAAGGAGGUGACUUCUGCAGGAAUGGGAACAGAGGACCCAACUCUCCCUCUGUGCUCCCAGCUAAUAGACAUAGUAGUCUAUUAUGAGGCAGCUGAGUGACUGGCAAACUGAGCUUGGCUCAUUCUUGUCACAAGAAUGGGUGCCACCGCAGACCACACUGUGAUGAUCAAGGAGGCAUUUUGCUUGUGAGACAAGGGGUACAGACCCUGAUGCCCUUGGCCCCCAAAGAAGCUGUCACUCAUCACUGCAGAAGCAGACAGAGCCCCCUAACAGGACCCAGCAUGGGAACUAGGAGCAGUGGUUUCCAGAAUGUGCGUGGGUCCCAUGUGACCAAUCUGUUAAAAAAAAAAAAAAAAAAGGAUGUUGUCAUGGCAACCUUUGCAUUCCACACAGAGUUUGCCAAGGCACACAAAAAUAGGGAACAUUUUCUUAAAGAACACUUGAGUUCUGCCUGAUUGCAACCUGACUCCCUGCAUCCAUAUCCUGCUGGUGGGGAAAUUACCCUCAAAAAAUCUCGUGGUUUCUCUGCCUUUUCCUUUUUAUGUUUCAACCUGCCCUUCCAUUUACUCAGGAGAAUGGGAGUUACCUGUGAGCCAGGUGGCAUCCUCCCCCAUCCUCCUCCUCCCCUCCUACUCCACUUCCCAGGGCCCAGGGCAAGGACCCCUUGAUCUGGGUGAAAAGUCAGAAAUGUCAUCUGGAAGGGAAAAUAUAUUUUAAGCCUCAAUCUUUAAAAGCAUCUGUUUGCCUGUUAAGAAGCUCUCCCACAAGCCAGAAAUGUGAACUGAAGUGAACCGAGGUCCACAUGUGGUCUUAAGCAAUCCCAGUGGUUUCAGAAGUUUGUAGGUGUUUUAUUUGCAGAAAACAAGAUGUGUAGUGUGAGUCUUCUUUCUUGAUACCUACUCCUGUCUCAGACUGUCCAUGACAAAUGGUCUGCUCUCCGAUAGUUAGCCAAAAGAACUAGUGAAAGAUGCAAGCUCAUUUUGAUAAUGCCCCUCCCAACCACCCAUCCACAGAAUCAUAAAGUGACAUAACUAAGAACUGGGCGAGAGAAAUUUAUCUUUUAUUCCACAUGCCUUCUCUAGGCUUAUGUCCAGACUCACGUCACGAAUCAAGGAGAUUUAGCUCUGCACCAGUACCUACAGCCUCUCUGGGAACAUGUGAAGGCCUGACUAGGAGAACAGGGGGUGACUGCCCAGCACAACCCGUUGGGUGGCUGGCCUGGCCGUGGCUGGCUGCGAGCCGGAAAGCUCUGUUCUGCUGAGUCCUUGCUCUCCAGACUAUGGAAGGUGCAGAGCCUCGCUUUUCCCAGCUGCAGGUGCCAAAGCACAGGUCCUUUUACUGCACUAUUUCUCCAAAAGCCCAUAGUCAUCGUGUUACUCUCCUUGUUCCACUGAGAUAUAGAGAAGGUCUGGAACCCCACAGCAAAAGGAAGCGCCCCUUUUCUCGAAUGCCCUGAUGAUGCAGUGGACGGGGUAUGAGCUCCUAGGUCCUGGCACAUACUGGUUGAAUUACCAGGACUGCAGACUUGCUUUCCCCGAAGAACAUCUGUCUGAAAUGACCUCAGGUCAGUUUUCUCGUGGCCUCUUCAGUGACCCCACAGAGCUAAGUGUCUGUAACACAAAGGCCUUGCCAUAGCCGUUUCCCUCACCACCUCAUGGUUCAACUCCCCCAGAAGGGAAAAAGAAAUCCAUCAGAAAUAGAAAAGAAACAGUGUUCAGCAGCUAGGGUUUUCAACGUGAAUUAUUUAAAGCAAUGGCAAAAUGGAGAAGGAUUUGGGCAGCCUCUUACAGACCCUGUCUCCAUGACAAUUUAAAUGUCAGAACUGUUCAGCUUCACUUCAUACUUCCUUUGACUAAGUCACUCAGGGGACUGUCCUUAGUUAAGUGGCCUUGCCAGAGACACUUGGUUUGGAGGAAUAAGGUCAAGUACACAAGCCAGCCAAACAUUUCUCUUAGUAUCCUGUCUCAUUGCUAAUGCACAUGGCCAUUUUAACAGCUAUGGUUUCUACUUAAUAUUGAUUUGGGGCCCUUUUCACAUGGUCUCAAGGGACAUGACAACAAUGCUCAAAACAUCUUAAAAGCAAAAUUAAUUUGACUCAGUUGGCUUGAAAUAUAGCCACAAAGAAUCAGUUUCCGCCAGUCCCACAAAGACAGACCUCUGUAACCAGAAAAGACUUGCCGCCCCCUGCUCCCCCCACUUCGGGUGGCUGUGGAACACAGUGCCCCUCCCCCUCCUUGCUGGCAGAGCCCUCAUCCACCUCCUUUCCUUGAGCAUGAUGGCUUGGCAUUCGAACUGAUGCUUCUGACAUUGUUAGAAGUUAUCGUCCAAGUGAAAG